CAUGGCUGCGAAUAAAGUUCCUCCGCUUACGUAUAAAGUUAUUGCAGAAUGUUCUGCUUCAAAAGCCAGGGCAGGAAUAAUGGUUGUGAGGCACAGCGAAGUCAAUACUCCUGUUUUUAUGCCAGUUGGAACACAAGGCACCAUGAAAGGUGUUCUUCCAGAUCAGCUAAUUGAUUUGAAUUGUCAAAUUCUUUUGUCCAAUACCUAUCAUUUGGGCAUGAGACCUGGCAUUGAUGUACUUAAAAAAGCUGGUGGUUUGCACAAAUUUAUGAGCUGGCCUAGGGCCAUUUUAACCGAUUCCGGUGGCUUUCAAAUGGUAUCGCUACUGCAAUUGGCUGAAAUCACUGAAGAAGGCGUUAAUUUUCGAUCACCCUUUGAUAAUUCCGAAUGCAUGUUGACUCCGGAACAUUCCAUUGAAAUACAAAAUGCUAUUGGUGCUGAUAUUAUGAUGCAGUUGGAUGAUGUUGUGAAAACAACUACAACAGGUCCAAGGGUUGAGGAGGCCAUGCAUCGCACCAUCAGAUGGGUAGACAGAUGCAUAAAAGCUCAUGCCCGCGAUGAUGAUCAGAGCUUAUUUCCCAUAGUCCAAGGUGGUUUAGAUCCGGAACUUCGCAAGAAGUGCGUAAGCGGCCUCAUGGAAAGAAAGGUAAGAGGUUAUGCAGUUGGUGGUUUGAGUGGAGGAGAAAGUAAAGACGAAUUUUGGCGAACAGUUCACACAUGCACAGAUCUGCUGCCGAAGGAUAAACCUCGUUAUUUGAUGGGAGUAGGCUUUGCAGCAGAUUUGGUUGUAUGCGUAGCCCUGGGCAUAGAUAUGUUUGACUGUGUUUUCCCCACCAGAACAGCACGAUUUGGUAGCGCGUUGGUCAUGGAGGGACAAUUGAAUUUGAAGAAUAAGAAAUAUGCCCUGGAUAUGAGACCAAUUGAUGAAGACUGUGAAUGUAGUACAUGCAAACUCUAUACUAGAUCAUAUCUCCAUCAUGUUGUGACAAUAGAAAGUGUAUCGUGCAGUCUUUUAAGUGUACACAAUAUAGCUUUCCAACUGCGUUUAAUGCGGUCAAUGCGCAAAGCUAUUGAACAAGACCAGUUCCCGGCAUUUGUGAAAGAUUUCAUGAGUAAACAUUUUGUGGACGAACCUAUACCAAAAUGGAUACGAGAAGCUUUGGAUGCUGUUAAUAUACAAUUGCCAGAUGACGCCAAACAUAUCGAAGACAAGACACCAAAAAGGGUUUCCGAGUCCCAAUAA